AUGGAUGCCGCAAACAGAUCAGAAGAUGUGGAGCAAACCCUUGAAACACAGGUCAAAGCCUUUUUUGACUCUGCUCCUCCUCUCUACAACAGUCAUGAUAUAACUCAAAAACUGAAUCAAUUCAUUCUACGUAAUUCUUCAUCAUCAGAAAAUGGGGAAGCUAGGAGAAUUGUUUGUGUGACUUCUGGUGGUACCACUGCUCCGUUGGAGCAACGGUGUGUCCGCUAUGUUGACAACUUCAGUUCAGGUCAUAGAGGGGCCACAUCCACCGAGUACUUUCUGAAGGCUGGAUAUGCUGUUAUUUUUCUCGGCCGUAGGGGAAGUUUCCAGCCAUUUUGCAGAUCCCUUCCUGAUGAUCCCUUGCUUGAAUGCUUCGAGCCCACCAAUGACUUAGAUAUUCAAGUUCGGAGUGCUUAUUCUGAAACAGUGAAGAGGGCCAUUGUGGAUCAUCAUACUGCAGUGGCUGGCGGCCACCUGUUAAAACUUCCUUUCGGCACCAUAUUUGAGUAUCUCCAGAUGUUGCAGAUAAUUGCAGUGUCAAUGAGGUGUAUUGGUCCACGUGCAAUGUUUUAUCUUGCUGCUGCAGUAUCUGACUAUUAUGUUCCUUGGAAGGAUAUGGUGGAGCACAAAAUUCAGUCAGGAUCUCACCUCUUGGACGUUAAACUUGUUCAAGUGCCGAAAAUGUUGUCAGUGCUUAGGGAAAACUGGGCUCCUCUGGCUUUCUGCACAUCUUUCAAGUUAGAGACAGAUUCAAGCAUUCUUCUAAAUAAGGGUAAUGCAGCUCUCGAAAAGUACAAGAUGCAUGCAGUUGUUGCAAAUGAACUCUCAACACGCAAGGAGCAAGUGACGGUCAUCACUAGAACUGAUAAGAUUACUGUUCUGCGAGAGAAUAGUGAGUCUGAUGUAGAGAAUCCCCUGAUUAAACUUCUUUCGGAGAGACAUGCCACUUAUAUUAAGGAUUUCAAUAGGUGA